UUAAGAGAGUCUUUAAUCUGUUAACAGAUGUACCAUCUAUGUAAUGUACAUCUUUACACGUGAAUGUUUUGGUUAUUGGUUUCCUGUUUUCUGUUUCCAAUGAAGUGGACACCACCACCUUCGCAAAGGGAAACUGUUGCAAGAAUAGUUGCGAAGGACAUAGUAUUGAGACAUGUCAAAUGUCUACAUUUUCAGAAGGAUAAUAUAACAAAGUGUCGUGUACUAAUGAUUAUCAUUGAUUAUACAUCUUGUGUUUGAUGCAUGCUACUUGUAGACUAGGCACAAGUGGUUUUUUUUUUUUUUCCAAAUCAUUUACCAAAUGAAUCUCUACAGCAGUAUUAGACACUGGACUCAUAUUUGGGAAGAGUGGGGUUCAAACACCCAUCUGGCCAUCCUGAUUUUGGUUUUUCAUUGUUUCCUCAAGUUGCUAAGGUGACUGCUGGGACGAUACCAUCAAAAAGACUACAGCUGACUUCCUAGCCUUUUCUCACCUAAACUGAUACUAAUAUGUUUAUGUUUUAUAUAUGAUAUUAUUUCUGCACUGUAUUUGACAGGAGCUAUGGUGAUGUGACAGGUGGUCAAAGAAUGAGUUGAAUAAAAUAGAAAUAGUAAUUUUCAAAUUAUUUUUACAGAAAAUAUACAACAGUCUUUAAAAAUAUGUGAAGCCACAGUAAGUGAAUCAAAAUCUAACAAAUUUGUGAAAAAUAUUUUUAUUGUUCGAAAAUAUGUAACUGUCAACCUAUAAAUAGUCUUUUUCUGUUUUGAAGUGACUUUAUUGCUCAGUGGUUGCUACAAGGUGACAGACUUAAUGAAGCUAUUUUAAUAACGGACUUCUAGCUACUAUGGUUGUUCUUAGUCUUGAGAAAUUUUACUUCUGUUCGUGCAAUUACAGUGCGAGACUGCAACGCACAACACUUAGGAAUUUGGAAGUAUCUGUUUUCUUAAGAAUAAAGCCCCUAUGGUGAUAUUAUUUUCAUCACUUUGGGAUGAGUCGUUGCCACAGAUUUAAAUGAAUGUUGUUUCCAGUCAUGUAGUCUGAACAGUGAAGACAUGUUAAUAUGAUGCUAGUUUUGUGAGAGAAAUGGAGGACCUCACAAGAAGAUGUGAAAAGAUUUUUUUCUGUCAGUAGCAGAUAAUUUACUUCAGAACAUUUCAUUACUUAUAGUUUCAAAGAGAGUGUUCCAAAACAGUGUUUGAUAAAAUUCAACAACAUUGUGCAUCUCCAAAAGAAUUUUUCAGUGUUAUCAACUCUCUUAAAAACAUAUGUUCCAAAUCUUGCUACAAAACCAGUAUGUCAUGAAUAAAAUGCAGUACGAUACAGAUCAAGCACUCGUCGUGCUACACAAAGCUGAAAUAUUGUAACAUAGUGGUGGAAGUUGCCGCUGGCUAGAGUUGUGUCCUUUGGAGACCUGGAAAUCCUCCAAACACAAUGCAGUUACAAAACUAAUGGAUUAGAAGAAACCACAGCUGGCAGUAUGUGACAAGGGGGUAAGCUUCCAAACGGAGGGACUAUGUGACCGAAUGAAGGUUGGAAGGCAUCAAGGGUGACAGAAGUUCCCCAGAGGAUGCAGAAACCUCAGUGUUGCCAGGUUCAACCAAGAUCUAACUAACUUGUAACAGAAAUGUGCUUUUGGAGCUUAAGUAACAACGGAGCAAUUUCUGCAUCAUCUGUUCUCAAGAAAUUGAAAUAGUGACUGUCAAUUUUGUAUUUUGACUUAGUAGUGAUUGGAAAACUAAGUUUCAUAGGCAUGAUCCUCCCUGGUUUCUGUUAUUGAAAACAGAUUAGGCUAUUGUAUUUGAAAUAGAUUUCUGUUUAUAGUUCUGUCUCCUGUCAAUAAUGCAGUGAGUGUGAUACAUAUCAUUCUGCAGACUAGUGUGACAUCCAUUCUGUCAUGCUCUCAAACCACAGUGUCACAUCUAAGAAAGUUACACGUGAGGACAGGACUUAAUUAAAAAUUCCAUAUGAAAAAUUGCUGACUAUACACAAUAUAGUUUUGUUUUAAUUCUUUUAACCAAACAAAUGCACUAUCUUUCAGCAGAAUCGGCACUAAUCUCAGUUUCAUUCACCUUUGCAGUGAAUGAAACUCAAUAAGUGGGAGUGCAGCUUAGUUUUCAUUAGUCUGCAUCACACUUUAGUAUAAGUACUGCCUGCCAUGUGAAACAGUUGAAAAGAGUGAAAGAACGGAAAUACGUGUAACAGGAUAUUGAUCAUUUUUCUACCCAAAUCUCUAUUUUUUCCCAGUUUAAUAAUAGGUAAAAUAUACUGUAUGCUAAAAUAGAUACAGGUAGGGCAAUAUUUCAGUGCCUACAUGAAUGACAUAAAGAAGCUUCUGGGGUGUUUGAACACGAGUCUUAUGUGAGCAACGACAGAUGAAGAUUGUCUGACUUGUGAUUGUGGCCUGCCGUGUAAACCUAUAAUAGAAAUAAAAUUAUAAAUCAAGCAAUCAAUUAAGUCGUCACCAGUGGCCCAGCCACAAUGGGGUUGUAACUGCAGAACACGAUGAAAAUAAUGAAGCACAACAGAACUGAAGCACACUUAGCUGUAGUUCGCAUAUUCCUUGCCCAAUUUCCACAGGUGUCAGCAAAAAUUAAUCUCUUUUUCUCUCUCCUUGCUAAAAUCGUCUUACAUUCAUUGCGAUAUGUUAUAUGACACACUUGAGGAGUAGAAAUAAACGCUUAAUUUCAUGUAACUUACGUCUUGCUACUACCUACAUGAAUAAAACAACUCAUUCUAUUGCUAAACAGUUUUUAAAACACAUAAUCUGUACGUUUUCUACUGAGCAUCAAAGACUGUCAACGUUUGUAAACAAAGACAAUACAUUUUUCGUUAAAACUUUGAAAGGUUAUACACAGCGCGCAAAAUAAUGGUGAAAAUCAAUACCCAAAACACGCCGUCAAACUCAUCAUUACCAUGUACCUAAAGCCACUAUAAUCAAAACACAUUGUAGCUAUGAUGCAAAACAAUGUAUGUUAAAAAAUAUACACAAAACAUAACUUCAGAAUUUCACAGUUAUGGAUUUUAUUUUCGUCUGCUGGUUUUGCGCAUUUCGAUCAGCUGAUUUUCGCGAUACUCAUUUGUUUAUUUUUCAAAACGAUGGAAAAAAAUGUGGAGUCUGCGCAGUUUCGUGGCCGAGCGUAUGUAGACACAUUCAAUCGGGGAUGUGGUAUCCCGAAGAUAUGACGCGAUUUACGAAAUUUUGAAUGACAUGUACCCAAUGAAGAAGUCAUUUCACAUCUUCUGAAGGUUUUGGAAACCCUCGGAUAGUUUUCUCAUACCAACCUUCUCAUUUAUGUCGAUACUUAAAAAUUAUACUUGUUUUUCGAGCGGAAGGACAUGAAAUUGGGCUCUGCUCAUCGACUGUAGGAUAGUGCGGCGGCCAUCUUGCAAAUGAACAAAGCCUCAGCUGUAUAGAAUUUAUUAAAAUAUUUGUUGUACAUUUUCGCCUUGUGUUAUUCACUUGUAUAUUUAGACUAUGCACGAAUUAUUGUCCCAGAUGUUUACUUAGCUAUGGCUGCUACAAGAAAGCUUCAAGGAGAAAUUGAUAGGUGUCUCAAAAAAGUGACAGAAGGAGUUGAAACCUUUGAAGACAUUUGGCAGAAGGUUCACAAUGCCACCAACAGCAAUCAGAAGGAGAAGUAUGAGGCAGAUCUUAAGAAAGAGAUUAAGAAGUUACAGCGGCUACGUGACCAGAUUAAGAGUUGGAUUGCCUCGGGAGAAAUUAAGGAUAAAAGCACACUUCUGGAGUUUCGCAAACUGAUAGAAACGCAAAUGGAAAGGUUCAAGGUUGUGGAACGAGAAACAAAGACCAAAGCGUAUUCCAAAGAAGGUUUGGGAGCAGCACAGAAGUUGGAUCCUGCACAAAAGGAACGGGAUGAGACAGCUGCAUGGUUAGCAACUUCAAUUGCUGCUCUUAACCUUCAGUUGGAUCAGUAUGAAUGUGAAAUCGAGUCUCUCUUAGCUGGCAAAAAAAAGAGGCUUGACAAGGAUAAACAAGAUAGGGUAGAAGAGUUGAAAAGCAAAGUAGAAAAGCACCGGUAUCAUAUCCGGAAACUUGAGACGUUGUUACGAAUGCUUGAUAAUAUGUCUGUGGAGGUUAAUCAGAUAAGGAGAAUAAAGGAUGACAUAGAAUAUUACAUUGAAUCUUCCCAGGAGCCAGAUUUUGAAGAAAAUGAAUAUAUUUAUGAUGACAUUAGUGGUCUAGAUGAAGUUGAACUGACUGGAGCGGGACUGCCGUCUUCCGCGACGACUGAUAGCAACAACAGCAAUGACACUGGAGGCACUCCAACUUCCACCACAUCAGGCAAUUCACCAGCACCUUCUCCUCCUCUUAGUACAUUGCACAAUCAUUCCAGUGAUAGUUCUAAUGAAGACAAGAAAAGGGUUAAGGAUGAGGUUUCUGCAAAGCCUCUGAAACCAACAGCAGUUAGAGCCAGCAACAAUAAUUCCUUAAUUAGUUCCAGCAACUGUUCACAAGUUGCAUUAAAACCAGUCCUAAACUCUAGUACACCUAGUAAACCUGUAUCAGGUUCAACACCUAACAACAGUUCUCCAAGUUCUGGGUUGAGUAAUCAUGUUAGCAACUUUGCUGCAGUGGCUGCAGCAAAUACCCAGUCAUCCUCCGGUACCAGCAAAGUUUCAUCGCAUAAUUCUGAAAAUGGCAGUGUCAGCCAGUCUUCACUGGGCAGCUCUCCUCCAACACAUCACCACCACCAUCAUCACCACCAUCAUCACAACCACACAGCAGGCGCGGCAAGCAGCAGUGGAGCUGUUGGGAGUCAGGCAUCCCAGUCUGUCCCGCCGCCUACACUGCAGCAACAGCAGCAACCGUCCUCAUCCUCGACAACUGUCACGAGUGGCAAGCAGUCACAGCAGCAACUGCCACAGCAACAGCAGCAGCAACCCCAGCAGCAGCAACAACAGCCACCACAACAACAGCAACAACCACAGUCACAACAGCAACAGCAACAGCAGCAGCAAGCUGUACAGCAGCAGCAGCAACAACAACAGCAAAGCCUUGUUAACUCUCUGGACCAGCACCAGCACAAUGUCAGCAGUUGUAGCAGUAACGUCAAUAACAAUAACUCAUCAUCCCCACCAUCAUCGGUGAGCAGUGCUCCAUCUCCGCUGCCAGCUCCAGGAACCUCGACUCCCUCCCCAGCACCAUCGCAUCAGGUGCCGACGCUCAAUGGACCCAUUUCUGCAAAGGUUCCUGAAGGUAUGUCAUCCCUAAAGUCAAUUGCGCAGCAGGUGAUUGAUCGAGCAGGUCUGGAAAUUCCACCAUCUGAACCUAGCAGGGGAUUGUUUGAUAGUAAAUCGCAAGUUUCGGAAACAUCUGAGGCACACAUACCACCAUUGCUGGGUGUCGCUCCUCUUGGUCCAGUACCUUUGCAGAAAGAACACCAGUGCCAGUUCCAGAUGAUGGAAGCUGCAUAUUACCAUAUGCCUCAUCCAUCAGAUUCAGAGCGGUUAAGGCCAUAUUUGCCAAGAAAUCCAUGCCCAACACCUGCGUAUUACAACCAGACUCCGUUGCCACAUUCGGACACUGUGGAAUUCUUCCAGCGGCUGUCGACGGAAACGCUCUUCUUUAUUUUUUAUUAUAUGGAGGGAACAAAGGCACAGUACCUAGCAGCGAAGGCCCUUAAAAAACAGAGCUGGAGGUUCCAUACAAAGUACAUGAUGUGGUUCCAGCGACAUGAAGAGCCCAAGAUAAUCAAUGAAGAGUAUGAACAGGGCACUUACAUUUACUUCGAUUAUGAGAAAUGGGGCCAAAGGAAGAAAGAGGGUUUUACUUUUGAAUACAAGUACUUAGAAGAUCGUGACCUGAACUGAAACAUCAGACUCCACCGGAUAUGGAUGCCGGUUUUUACCCCAGUGGAGCCAUCCACAGUGAUAUUGUAUAGAACAACUUUUUUUUUCUCACUUUUGGCUGGAAUUGGAUUUGUGAAUACACUCAUGAAUCUUUUGUGGAGAGAAAAGACAUUGUUUUUUGGUACAGGUUAUCGUUAUUUUAAGUUCUUUCAGCUGUUCUUGGCAUCCAGUCGGAAGUGCAUUUUCCGGUGAUGCUAUGAAGAUCUCUCAGUGUGUUGUUGAAAUAUUCCUAAGUGGAAAAAAGUGACUGUGAAACUGUGUUUUAGUUCGUGAUUCUUUUCCUAAGAUCUUGUGAUGGUGCAUCUUAAACAGUAUCACUUUCCAAGUUAUGAAUCCCCAGUACAAAUAAAUGACUAGAAUGGAGUAUUAUGUGGAGCAUAUGGCCUCAGCAUUCUGCAUGGAGCCUUCAUAUCCGUGCAAAGUACUUGUUGUGUUGAUCUUAACUUUUGUAAAAAGUACAUGAAAUGAUAUAAAAUACUUAUGUACAGAACAUUUUGUGUAGAAUAUUGAAUAAUAAUUAUUACAAAUGAAAAUAUGUUACAUUUAUUGUUUUGCACGUCUAUAGCUACUUGAAGCUGAGUAGAAUGCAAGAGGCCAUGGCUUGUGGUUAGAAGGUGCUUGCUCAGUAAAAGUGGUUAUCAGUCUAUAUGCAGCUGGAUGUUCAGGGAAUUUCGUAUAGGAGGUUAUUGUUAAUAAAAUGAAAAUACCACAAAAAAAGUCUGUACAGCAAACGCCUAUACUACAGACAAGAAGGAACCCAGAACUACAAAAAUUGAGGUAUUUUGUUUGCUGCUACCUGGGACCCAAAUCCUAGAAUUAUUUUCAGAAAUGAUUUACUUUCAAAUCACUUUCAUAUGUACAUGCCUAUCAUCAAAUUAUAACUGUACCCCUCCAAAUUUUUUGGGUCUCUGAAAAUUAUGUGCAAGCAAUGUUAGGUGGUUUUGAGUGUAUUCUAGUUCUGCAGUAUAAGUAGACAACUCCAGUUUGAUUUUCUACCUUACAGCCUAUACCCACUGCUGUCACAAUGUCAGUUGCAUUUACUUUUGUACUUUAAUUUGAGGCAUUUUCCCCAGUAGAUGUCAUCUGCUGUCAAAUAGCAUUUAUGUUUCUGCAGUAUACAUUUCUGUGAAAUGCUUGUUUAUACAAACUGAUAUAGAUAAUGGUCGAGUUGUAAUAGUAUGUCUAGUUUCUAUGUGUGUUGUUUCAUUGUACUAGCAGUUGCCAUGCUCUCAAUUCUGGCCAAACCCCAGUGUGCAGUCCAUAAAACAAUACUGUUUUUGUGUGUCCUUGAAGCUCUUCAAGAGACAGAUAAAAUUUUAAUGAGCAUUUUCAACUAUAAGCUUUGAAACAUUUUUUCAGAAUGCAUCUGGAGUUUGUGCCAGGAGAUACUGCCAAUUAGAAGAGAAUGGCAUGAUCUCAGGCUGCUUUCUUGGUUCCACUUCAACACAUUUAGUUUCGUUUUAUUUAUGUCGACCUGCUAUAUCAGAUUAAAUGUUUCACAGCUUUUUGCAAUUUUAAAAAUCUUACUCGGAUCUUCAAACACUGUAAUAUAAAAGCCAAUGUGAUGUAUGCAGAUGUCUUGUAUAUGUAUAUAUACAUAUAUAUAUAUAUAUAUGAAAUGUUUUUAUUUGUUAAAAGUAAAAUCCUACUGAAAAAAAUAUUACAAUGCUGAUGACGGCAUUUCUGUGCAAGUAUUAAAUUAUAUUUUUAAUUUCAAAGCAGAUUAAUAUCACAGUGGGUUUAUUACCUUCUAAAGCUUCCCUUUCUUUUACAAUGUUCCAUUCACCACUUUUUUUUAUGGGAUCCCAGGGUACUGAAUUCUUUCGUAGCUGCAAUGUGGAACAAGACAUAACUACAUUACUGUUGGAGGAGCCAGUUGUUAUUAAAUAUUUAUAAAGAGUAUUCUAAAAGUUGUUCUUAGAUUACUUUGUCUCUAUGUAUUGUGUUGCAAAGAGAUACACAACAGUUCAUAUAUAUGCAGUAUAUAUUCGUAUAUAAAACCACUGUGUCUUAAUAGAAUUUAAAAGGCUUUUAACUGGAUAAAAAAAUAUGUUUGCCCAUACUUGUAGUUCAUAAAAUCUGAUGUCAGUCAUUCUACUUUGGAAAGAUACGUGUUAUUGUGUUGUGCACAUGUUUAAUGUUUGCUGGCUGCUCCAGCAGUAAACUGCAAAAGAAGUACUGCUCUUGCAGUGCAAUAAUUCGGAAAUUAUUUUUGUAUAUUGUGACUUAAUCUGAUGUUAGCUGUCAUUUCAUAAUAUCCCUGAAAUGAUUAUUUUUGAAUACUAAUUCAUCAAGGCUGUUUAUUUUGGGAGCUAUCCUUACAUGCUCAGAAUUGUUAAGACUAUUUUGAACUUGAAAUAUCAAUGGUGUGUUAGAAGACCAGUAUUUGAAUACCACUUUUGAACAGAAUAUCAAAAAUUUGACUGUAAGGUUAUGUCCCAAAUGACCUUGGUAGAAUUGUGGUUGUAAUACAGUGGUCAUUAGAUCUCAUUAUUUGUCUGUAGGUGAAAGACUGAGUUUCACUUUCAAGACUGAUACAGUAUGUGAAAUUAUUACAGUUUACAGUAACAUUAAACCCAGUGAUGUCAUUCUUUUAUAUAUAGAUAAUGCCAAAGACUGUAAAGAGCAGAGCUUCUUUUGGUCAUAAUAACAAUGAACUUUCAAAAUAAGUCUGCUACAAAAAGUGAUAGGACAAGAAAUCAUUGAGAGAGAAAACUGAAGGAAUACAAGAAAAUGAUAACCUGAUACAAAAUACAGUGAUUUUUGUCAGUGUA